AUGGCGUCAAGGCUUGAUCGACUUGUCACCAUCCUUGAGACGGGCAGCACCCGCCUAAUUCGGGACACAGCCGUCAACCAAUUGGCCGACUGGCAAAAACAGCACCCGGAAGAGCUGUUCAAUCUCAUCGGCCGCGUUGUUCCCUACCUCCGCCACAAGGACUGGGAGACAAGAAGCACAGCGGCCAAAGCGCUUGGCAAGAUUAUCGAGCACUCAGAUGCCUUUGACCCGAAUGCUGGCGGACCCGAAGAGAGCUCCCCCGCAGAAUCCAAGAAGGAGGAGGAUAGCGCGGGUGUGAAGUCAGAGGGCUCACUGGACGGAGAGGCCAAAGACGGUGUCGUGGAUGUAAAAAGAGAAGAAUUCAAAGACUUUUCUUUUGAGCAAGACGAGCUCUAUGAUCUGCGGACGCUCAACGUCAACGCGGUUCUCAAGUAUGGGCGGGAACUGCUUCGGGGCGGCAAUGUCGAUCUGGCACUGGCCGCACUAGACCCGCAAGAACGUCUAAUACACCAAAAAAAGACUCUCAACGGCCGCUUAGGCUUGCUCGGUCGCGUGUUUGAUGAUGAUGAGAUCCCGGUCCCGUUGGAAACGUUAAGUACUGCAAAAAGCGCCGUGAGCGACGAGAACGUGCCCCCGACACCCCGGCACCAAGCCGGGACCAAUGGCUCGACGCAGCGCGAAGGCAGCGAGGCCAACGGCACAUCAGCCAAUGGCAACGGUGCUGGUCAGCAGUCCGAUGAACCUGGCCUCAGUUCACGGCAGCUCAACGUUUUAAAACGCAAGCGGAAGCGCGAGUUGCAAAAGGCCGCCCACGGCAAGAGCGGAUUUGGCGACUUGUCUAUCCGCCGGAGUGCCACGAACGGAUCCGAAGGUUUUGGCGACGAAACGCCCUUUGGCGACGGCGACGUCAAAAAAGGCGACAAGGUCAACGACUACUUCAACCUCGAGCGCCCGUCGGACGUCGACGAGGAUUCCAAGGUCGUCUCCGAGUUCAAGGGCCCCGUCGUCCCCAUCAAGUCGGAGAUUGAGAUGGACGAAAAGUUGGAAGGCCUGGAAUGGCCCUACGAGCGGCUGUGCGAUUUCCUCAAGGUGGAUCUCUUCGAUCCCCACUGGGAGGCGCGCCACGGCGCGGCCAUGGGUCUGCGGGAAGUCAUUCGUGUGCACGGCAGCGGCGCUGGCCGUGAAAAGGGCAAGACCCGCAGUGAAAACAACAGCAACAAUCGCAAAUGGCUCGACGAUCUGGCCUGUCGCCUUUGCUGUGUCCUGAUGCUCGACCGCUUCACCGAUUUCAGCUCCGACACCUCGGUGGCACCGAUCCGCGAAACUGUCGGCCAAACUCUCGGUGCCGUCCUCUUUCACGUGCCGCCCGAGUCCAUACAAGCGAUAUACCGCAUUCUCUAUCGUCUUGUCAUCCAAGAGGACCUAGAGCUCGAGCGCAAUGUUUGGGCCGUCUGCCAUGGUGGCAUGGUCGGCCUGCGUUAUGUCGUCGCCGUGCGGAAGGACCUCCUCCUCCAGGAUGGUGAGAUGAUUGACGGCGUCAUUCGCGCCGUUAUGAAAGGCCUUGCUGAUCACGACGACGACGUCCGCUCAGUCAGCGCGGCCACCUUGAUACCUAUGGCGAAGGAGUUCGUUAGCCUGCGGCCCGGGUCUCUCGACUCAUUAAUUAAUAUUGUGUGGGAGAGUCUGUCCAGUCUUGGCGACGAUCUGAGCGCCUCCACCGGCAAGAUCAUGGAUCUUCUCGCAAUUUUGUGCGGUUUCCCUCAAGUUUUGGACGCCAUGAAGGCGUCAGCUGCGCAGGACGAAGAACGGUCCUUUACACUGCUUGUGCCGCGCCUCUACCCUUUCCUCAGACACACCAUUACUUCUGUGCGUCUGGCUGUUCUCAAAGCGCUCAUAACCUUCGUCCAGAUCAGCGACGAUGACACAAAGCACGGCUGGUUGAAUGGCCGCAUUCUGCGCCUGGUGUUCCAGAACAUCAUCGUGGAGCGGGACAAGGAGACUCUAGCGAUGACACUGGACCUUUGGUCUGCCCUCGUGCGCUGCCUAGCCGCGACGAAUCCGGCUGUCUUGGCAAGCGAAUUUAAGCCACACGUCGAUGCCAUGAUGCAACUCACACUGCACCCGAUCGGGAUCUCUCGCAACCCCAUUCCAAUGCGGCCCGAGCUGUUUAUGAAGCCCUCGGGUAGUAUGUAUGCAGCCCCCAGCAGCUGGGUCGCAUCUACCUCUACAGCUCGCAAGUCGUCGCCUCCAGAAGCUGGCGAGCGAACGGCCAAGCGUCGCCGUAAGUCGACGCGCGUGGACGAUGUGCCGGUGACAUCGAGCUCCCAUGAUGUGGACGGCGCCAUAGUGCAAGGUGACGUCGACGUUGUUGGCAUCGAAACUAUGGUGCGCACACGCAUCGCGGCCGCCACCGCAAUGGGUUUGAUCAUGUCCCUUGUGCCGGCCAGCGAAGUCGAAAUGUACGAUGCCAGCGUGCUACCCGCACUAACGUCGGCUCACUCAACGACCCAGCUGAUUGCCUGUACUGUGAUCGAAGAGUACGCAAAGGAUUGCAAGGAGCCUGCUGACAGCAAGCGCCUUGUCGAGCCCCUGCAGAAGAUUGUGGAGACUGAGCGUCCGGCACACUACAACGACCUCGUCAGCUUCAUCCAGCGUGUCCGUUCGCAGUGCUCGCAGCUUAUCCACAUGUUCCGCGAUCACGGAAAGGUAUCAGAAACGCGCCUGCCUCGCCUUGCACCGUUAUGCCAAGGCGAGCCUGCUGCUGGACCUGAGGCAUUCUCUAUUCUUCACGCUGAAAAGGUGAUCGGCGACGAUUUUGACAAACUCAAGAGAAUCAUGGCACCUGGCCAACGACUGAUUGCCAGCCAACACCUAGCUGAAGCCCGUGAGAGCGCGUCUGCUGCCAUUGCGGAUGCCAAAGCUGCCAAAGAAGCUCGUGAUAUCCGCAUCCGAGCUGCCGCUGCCUGCGGCCUUGUUGCUAUGAAGGUCUUGCCGAAGAAGCCGAGCCCCCUCAUCAAAGCCGUCAUGGACAGUAUCAAGACCGAGGAGAACCACGACCUGCAGAGCCGCUCGGCCGACACGAUCGCCCACCUCGUGCAGCUCUUUACUGAAUUAGGCCGGCGAGGCCCAGCCGACAAAGUCGUCUCGAAUCUAGUCAAGUUUUCCUGUGUCGAAGUGGCCGAAACGCCCGAGUUCCCCGUCCACGCUACCAAGCUCAACACGAUUCUCUCUAUGCACAAGGAGGAAGACCGUGUUGACCACGCCGAUGCCGCCAAAUGGGCCAAAGAGGCCAAGGCUGCCCGCGUGACACGCCGUGGCGCCAAGGAGGCGCUGGAGAUCCUGUCAAAGAUUUUCGGGCCAAACAUACUCGAAAAGGUUCCCAGCCUGCGGACCUUCAUGGAAGAGCCCCUGCGGCGGGCGUUCACCGGCGAGCUGCCAGCAGAAGCCCGCGAUCCCGAGCAGGCCUUUGGCCAGGAGAUUGUAGACGCAAUGUCGGUCAUCCGCACCAUGACGCCGACGUUUGAUCCUGCCAUCCGCCCCUUUGUCAUGGAGAUGGUGCCCCUCGUCAUCAAAGCUCUGCAUUCGGAACUGUCCGUCUUCCGAUACAUGGCCGCAAAGUGCAUGGCGACUGUCUGCAGCGUCAUCACUGUCGAGGGUAUGACGGCCCUGGUUCAAAACGUCUUGCCUUCGAUCAACAACCCCGUCGACUUGCACUUCCGGCAAGGCGCCAUCGAGGCGAUCUACCACCUCAUCGCCGUUAUGGGCGAUGGCAUCCUACCAUACGUUAUCUUUUUAAUUGUACCUGUUCUAGGCCGCAUGAGCGACUCUGACAAUGAGAUCCGGCUCAUUUCUACGACAUCAUUCGCCACCCUUGUCAAACUGGUGCCCCUCGAAGCUGGUAUUCCUGACCCUCCAGGUCUCUCCAAGGAACUGUUGGCCGGUCGUGAUCGUGAGCGGACAUUCAUCUCCCAGCUCCUGGAUCCGAAGAAGGUCGAGUCGUUCACCAUCCCUGUGGCCAUCAAGGCCGAAUUGCGGUCGUACCAACAGGAGGGCGUCAACUGGCUGCACUUCUUGAAUAAGUACCAUCUACAUGGCAUUUUGUGUGACGACAUGGGCCUUGGCAAGACGUUGCAGACCAUCUGCAUCGUAGCGAGUGACCACCACCAGCGUGCCGAAGAAUUUGAGAAGACCGGUGCACCUGAUGUCCGGCGCAUGCCGUCAUUGGUGGUGUGCCCGCCCACGCUCUCGGGCCAUUGGGCGCAGGAAAUUAGAACCUAUGCGCCGUUCCUCUCUGUUGCCGCGUAUAUUGGCUCGCCCGUCGAACGCAAGGCCCUCAAGGACAGCCUUGGCAAGACCGAUAUCGUGAUUACCUCGUACGAUGUUUGCCGCAACGAUAUCGAGGUGCUGGAGAAUCACAGUUGGAACUACGUCAUCCUCGAUGAGGGCCAUUUGAUCAAGAACCCACGCACAAAAAUCAGUAUGGCCGUCAAGAAGCUUGCCAGCAACCAUCGCCUGAUUCUCACUGGCACGCCCAUCCAGAAUAACGUCUUGGAGCUGUGGUCUCUGUUCGACUUCCUCAUGCCCGGAUUCUUGGGUGCCGAGAAGGUGUUCAUGGACCGCUUCGCCAAGCCCAUUGCCGCGAGUCGGUUCAGCAAAGCCUCUUCAAAAGAGCAGGAAGCUGGUGCGCUGGCCAUUGAAGCCCUGCACAAGCAAGUACUUCCCUUCUUGUUGCGGCGACUCAAGGAGGAGGUUCUCGAGGACCUGCCACCCAAGAUCCUGCAGAACUACUACUGCGAUCUCAGCGAGCUGCAAAAGAAGCUCUUUGACGACUUCACCAAACGCGAAGCCAAGAAGAUCACAGAAGAAGCGGGCCGCGAUGACAAGGAGUCCAAGCAGCAUAUCUUCCAAGCUCUCCAGUACAUGCGCAAGCUCUGCAACUCGCCGGCGCUCGUCAUGCGGCCCGGCCACCGGAUGUACGACGAAACACAGCGGCUGCUGGAGCGCCAGGGUUCGAGCGUCGAGGAUCCCAACCACGCACCCAAGCUCACGGCGCUCCGCGAUCUGCUUGUCGACUGUGGUAUUGGUGUUGAGGGCGAUGGCGACAGCAACGACCCACUGUACCAGCCAAUCAAGCCGCACCGUGCUCUCGUCUUCUGCCAGAUGAAGGAGAUGCUCGAUAUGGUGCAAAACACCGUGCUAAAGAACAUGCUACCAUCUGUGUCGUACCUGCGCCUGGAUGGUUCCGUAGAGGCCAACAAGCGGCAGGAUAUUGUCAACCGUUUCAACAGCGACCCAUCCUACGAUGUGCUGCUCCUGACGACAAGUGUCGGCGGACUAGGCCUUAACCUGACAGGUGCGGACACGGUCAUCUUUGUCGAGCACGACUGGAACCCGCAGCGCGAUCUGCAGGCCAUGGACCGCGCGCAUCGCAUCGGCCAGAAGAAGGUUGUCAACGUGUACCGGCUCAUCACGCGCGGCACGCUCGAAGAGAAGAUUCUGAGUUUGCAGCGGUUCAAGAUCGACGUCGCGUCCACGGUUGUCAACCAGCAGAAUGCAGGCUUAGCCAGCAUGGACACCAAUGAAAUCCUCGACUUGUUCAAUCUAGACGAAUCCGGACCCAACCUCUUGACGGAUAAAUCUGCCGCCGGUGCCGCCGGUGCUUCGGGUCGGGAAGAGGACAUGGUGGACAUUGAGACGGGCGAUGUGCGGCAGCCCGGCAAGAAGGCAGCGUGGCUGGAGGAACUCGACGAGCUGUGGGACAACCGGCAGUACGAGGAAAGCUUCGACCUGGACGGAUUCUUGAAGACGAUGAAUUAA